GCUAACCAGAGAUAACUCUCCAUAAUUUAUAGAAUAGGGUUGUACUACUGCGCUAUUGUGCUAAGUUACUGUAAGGAAAUAGUGGCGUAGAUGAGAGAUUAUGGUGAUAUCAUCCUCGUUCGUACUAUUGAUGGAAACUGUUCCAGACAUCACUGCCACCCUACCCUGUAAUUCCGACUCCUGCAGUGCUUCUCCUAUGAGGAUGUUUUUGACAUAUACCCAAGGUUGCCACUUAAACGACCAAACACAAGGGAACCGCAUUCGCACCAAACAUAUCAAGAUGUCUUUAUCAACCACCAUGCCCAUCACAAGCAUGUCCUAACCGAAAAUAUAUGCGCUGAUACUAUCGGGUGAG